UGUCAAAAAAAAGAAACAAAAAAAAUAACUAUAGGAGAGAGACUAAAACGACAAGAAGUUUCCCCAAACGCGCUUUGGACUUUGGAACCGGAAGAGUCUUCUCUUCUCUUCUUCCCUGUGAGUCUUAAAAACCAAGAAACCAUUUUUAUCUUCUCAGUAACAAACACAUCAAUGGCUUCGAUCUAUAACUGCCUGGAAUGCGGAACCGAUCUCAACCUAAGGACCGGCCAUCUGUACCCGCCUGACGUCUACUUCGAGGCCGGGAACAAGGGCACACUAUCGUUCGCAACUGUGGACGCCACCAAGUUCAAAUUCGAAAAAGAGGACAAGAUACGACCUUUCUUCGAAACCCUAGAUUAUUGGGGGAUUCAGAGGAAGAGGACGAAGAUCAAGUGCUCCAAUUGUGGCAGGCUCGUGGGUUACAUCUACGAUGAUGGCGUCCCUUUGACUGAUAGUCCUGGUCAGUUUCACUUUGGCCCUAGUCAGGUCAUUCCUAGGGCUCCACGUUACAGGUUCAAGACCAAGGCUCUUCGGAUCACCUCUGAAACUUGAAUAAAAGGCUUUUCUUAUGUACUAAUUCUCUUUUUCUUGUUAGUUUCGUGUAUAUAUACACACACACACAUAUAUUUAUCUGUGAAGCUAAAAUAAAAAGGUUUGUUCUUGUGAUUUCGAUUUGGAGAAGUUGAAGAUUGUUGAAUCUCUGAAACUUAAAUCAUGAAAAAGAUGAUAAAAAAAAAACGGUUUUCUUUUGUUUUAGUUA